GACGAAUGAUGCAUAUAUUCUAGGAAAUAGAAAUCACCUAGGAACCAGUAGGCAUCGACUAUUUCGAUGUCAUUUUCAACAGCAUGGUAAUAUACACGUCACGGAUGAGCUGAACUGCUUAAAGCGAGUUGGGAAUUUUUUAAGUCUAUCUUUGGUUAUCCAUUGUCAGAUUUGUUGACUACUUCCUGAUGUGAAGAAAUACCUUUAAUGUGUUACAUCUAGGAAGAAAACACGAACAACGAAGUAAUCAUACUUUGCAAAAAGUAUUCAGGAGGAGACAAAAACCGAACCUGUACAAGCUCACCAUCGUGUCAAAGUUAUUACAGCGGUGGUUUUAAAUGGCAAGGGAAGAAAUGGAAAAAACUGAUCAAGAAAUUUGCGUUUUGAAUCAUUUUCAGGGCGAAACUGUUUGCUACCCUCUAGUGCUAUUAGAGGGGAUAAUAUGUCCUGAUAGCGAAACAUCUGGACCUAAAAGAAUCCGUCGAGUGUCCAGUACUAGUUUAGAUACAUCAAGUGACUCUGAAUCAGAGAGGAGAAAUAAGAUUCGAGCUCUGGAUUCAACAUUGAUUGAGAAUGAAUUAGAAGUUUAUCAAGAUGGUUUUUCUAUACUGAUUAGAUGUGGCAAUCACGAAUUGUCAUGGCCUGUGGUUUGUAAAGGUUUCAAGGCAGUUGUUCCUCUUAACAUUGGGGAAAACUUGAUUGUGUUGAAAGUGCCGAAUAGAACAGAUUUUAAUGAACUCGAGUUCAAGUUAACAUACAUACCAGUCACAAUAUCAAGAUGGUUCUCCACUUCGAGCAUGAAAGAGGAUGACAUUCCCUCUAAAAAGCCCAUGGUACACUGGUCAAGCACUGUCUGUGGUCCUGUUGGUAAUUGCGGUGGCUGUCAUCAGAAGAAUCAGUUGUCAUUCAACAGUGUCAAGUGGCUUGAGUCCCAGAGUGCAGUUCUGGGGGGUUUCAUUAUUCACACUGAGGAGUACGUGAAUUGUAUACAGGUCAUAGGGAAUCAAGAAAAUGCAGAAAGUGGGGAGUGUCAGGAAGUUCUCUCUGAGCCCCAUGGAACAGAUGGCAUGGGUAAGCGCUAUAUCUUCACCAUCAACUCUCCAGAGGAAUACAUCACAGCUGUUGAUGUCAGAGCUGGGGGAUGGAUUGAUGCCAUUAGAUUCCACACAAACUACAAAUCCAGUGUUUGGAUGGGAGGGAUGGGUGGGGAUGAAUGCUGCCUGAGACCCUCCCUCGGGAAAAACAUUCUGGGUCUCAUGGGAACGAGUGGAAUGUAUGUUGGAUCACUUGGAAUCCUGCUUAGCAGUGAUUCAGACAAAGAAAUAACACCAACGGAUGAGGCAGACCAAUUAGUUGUAGAAGCACCUCUCGGGAUAAGGCUGAUUGAGCUCUGGGACAAGAAACACAGUGAAGUGUACCAACACUGGGAAUUCCUACAACCACACCCACCCAACACAUUCACCCUGUCCAGAUCAGAAGUGAGGGACCAAGCCUCAACUCUCCUUGUUGAAGAUGACCAAGGAAACAUUUGUCGCACAGCUUUCGUUUACGAUUACAAUGAGAUCGUUUGAUGGAACAAUUUGCGAUAAUCUAAUAAGCCCUUGAAUUUAUCAAGGAAAUUUACUAAGUUGUGAGUGAUGCGUAGAAAAACGUGCGUGCAGUUUGAGCUGGUGUAAAUAGACGGUGACGAAAAAAGGGGAAGGGGAGGGUGUGGGAUGAUGCACGAAGUUUUGGAAAAAUUCACGCGUCUGUCACAUGUUAUUUAAACAGUAUUUCACGCAUCACGAAGUCAAAAGGGAAUAGGGUUUAAUCAGGCGUCUCGUAUAAACCAUCUGCCACCCUCUAGAUAAAGUGGCGUCUGGUGCAUACGGGAGGCAGAGUGGAGUUUGUAGAGUAGAUCGCUUUCUUAAGACGUAGAGUACCAGAGGCAUGCACCAGGUGACUUUCUGACGUUUAACGGAAAAAAGAGACGUGCAAUAAUUACUUUUUCAUUUAGGAGGGUGAGGACACUACGACCCAUUUUUUUUCACAAACCUUAAUCACUCAUAAAGGCUCCUCAAGGAAAUGAUUCAUUUCGACACCAGCAAGACUACGACCUUUCUAACUGGUAAAAUCUAGAAGCUCUAGGGGUAAAAUUGUAAGCGUAAUACACAAGAUGGUCAAAGGAAAAUUUAAUUUAAAAACCAGAGAUGGUUUGAGCCGCUUUAAAAGUUAGCACUACAGGAUGCUUGUUCUGUGCGUACUGUACAUAUACAUUGAAAUGUGUCUCAUGUCAUCCUCUAUCUUAAGUAAACUUACUCAUUCACCCAUGAAUGACUGUUAUGAUAA